AUGAAUGAGAAGCCCCCGACCAGCGCCAGCCUAUUUCUGAACGAGGACUCGGACAAGCCUGAGUGCCCAGAGCGAGGCCUACGGCACCUCCGCAAGGCUGUGCAGAAGCGCGCGUCCACCGCCCGCAGCAGAAUGUGUUCCAUCACCCGAGCGAGCGCCAGGGCCUUCCUGCGUCGCAACGCCUUUGUGCUCUUCACCAUGGCUGCAGUUGCACUAGGGGUCGCGUUGGGAUUCUCCCUGCGUCCAUACAAGCUGUCCAUCAGGGAGAUCAAGUACUUCUCCUUCCCUGGAGAGCUGCUGAUGAGGAUGCUCCAGAUGCUGGUCCUGCCCCUCAUCAUCUCCAGCCUGGUCACAGGCAUAUCCUCUCUUGACAGCAAAGCAUCAGGGAAGAUGGGAAUGCGGGCUGUUGUGUAUUACAUGGUUACGACCUUCAUUGCUGUGUUUAUUGGAAUUGUUAUGGUGAUCAUCAUAAGACCCGGAAAAGGCAGCAGAGAUAGUCCAGUGCCAUCUAGUGGCAACAUUGAGCCAGUGCAGGCAGCAGAUGCUUUUCUGGACCUCAUCAGGAAUAUGUUCCCUCCAAACUUGGUGGAAGCUUGCUUCAAACAGUACAAGACAAAUUACAAGAAACUGAUCUCCACGAAGAAUGUCACCAUUUCGAUCAACAUGACCGAUUCCAACGUCACCAUCACAGACCUCCAGGCUAACGACAGCGUAGUCCUUCAGACCAUCCAGGAGACGGUAGAGGAGCUGGUGCCCAUGGGUGGCACCUCCAACGGGGUCAACGCCCUGGGCAUGGUGGUGUUCUCCAUGUGCUUCGGCCUGGUGAUCGGGAGCAUGAAACAGCAGGGCCAGGUCCUGCGCGAGUUUUUUGACUGCCUCAAUGAUGCUAUCAUGCGCCUAGUGGCCAUCAUCAUCUGGUACGCCCCUGUGGGAAUCCUCUUUCUCAUUGCGGGGAAGAUUGUGGAGAUGAAGGACCUGGUCCAGGUGGGGGGACAGCUGGGAAUGUACACCAUGUCGGUAAUCGUGGGGCUGCUCAUCCACGGCCUCUUUGUGUUGCCGCUGCUCUACUUCCUGGUGACGCGGAGGAACCCGUUUACCUUCAUCGCAGGGCUGCUGCAGGCCCUGAUCACCGCCCUGGGGACCUCCUCCAGUUCGGCAACCCUCCCAAUCACCUUCCGUUGCCUGGAAGAGAACAAUCACGUGGAUAAGCGAGUGACGCGCUUUGUGCUGCCUGUUGGUGCCACUAUCAACAUGGAUGGCACCGCACUGUAUGAAGCAGUGGCGGCCAUCUUUAUUGCUCAAGUUAAUGGCAUGGAUCUCAACUUUGGUCAGAUUCUCACCAUCAGUAUCACAGCAACGGCUGCCAGCAUUGGAGCAGCAGGCAUCCCUCAAGCUGGCCUGGUAACCAUGGUGAUUGUAUUGACAUCGGUGGGACUGCCCACGGAUGAUAUAACGUUGAUUAUCGCCGUGGAUUGGUUCCUGGACCGUCUCAGAACCACCACCAACGUUCUAGGAGACUCCAUAGGGGCCGGAAUCGUAGAGCACCUUUCACGGCAGGAGCUUCAGUCGCAGGACAUAGAAAUCGGAAACUCGGUGAUCGAGGAGAAUGAGAAACCUUACCAGCUCAUCUCCCAGGAGAACGAUACAGCGAAGAAUCACAACAGUGAGACCACCAUGUGAAAGAAAAAGGAGGGAAGAGAGACAUCCUCACAGUUAGGACUCCUGCCCCCCGAUUAGCUCUGAUUUAGAGUUGUUGUCAUGGGGAACAUAACGACAUGACAAUAGAAUGGGAAAGUACUGUAGGUAAAGAGGAGCAGACCAUAGACAACAAGGAACAGACAGAAUCAUACAUAUUCCCUAUGAGUGUUAUUGUUAAAAACACCCAUUUGAGACCAAUUUAAUGUUAUUUUGUUUAUUUAUUCUCAACCCCGUAUUUAUUUGGAUUUGGAAACCAUAUUGUCUUACAGUGGAUAACAGUGUGCUUGUAAAUCAUUUGUUCCUGAUAUAAAUCUACCUCUCAGUAUUUGCUCAUUAGUUAGGCAUGUAAAAAAAACCCCUGCCAUUAUUAUAU